AUGACAGAGAGUAAACGAGAGCCGCUAUCAGAUUCAGAAGAGGUCGACCAAGUCGCUACUAAAAAACGAAAGCUCCAACUGGAAAAUAGCCCUGAAAAUAAUGCCUGGGUCCCUCCAUCGAUUACAGAGAUAAGCGAACCGUUGAACUUCGACUCUUCUACAUACCAUUCGGCCAUUCCACGAGAAAUUAAAGCACAUAUGACAGAUCCAGUGGUACUUGGGGUCGACGAGGCCGGAAGAGGACCCGUAUUGGGUCCCAUGGUCUACGGCAUUGCAUAUUCGCUCGAAUCCUACCUGAAAGACUUACAAACAAAGUACGGGUUUGCCGAUUCCAAGACGCUUAAGGACGACAAAAGACGCCAAUUGUUCCAGAUGAUAGAAAAUGACACCCACGAGUUACACGGGCAUGUUGGGUGGGCUACCACCACCAUGACAGCCAAGGACAUCUCGAGUGGCAUGCUCCAGACCGUAUUGGGCAAAGGAUCAUACAAUUUGAACGAACAGGCCCACGAUACCACCAUCCAAUUGAUCAAACAGGUGAUCGCCAAAGGAGUCAACGUUACCAAGGUGUUUGUCGAUACCGUAGGUCCCCCGGCAUCGUACCAGGCCAAAUUGCUGAAGAUCUUCCCCUCCGUUACCGUCACUGUCGCCAAAAAGGCCGACAGCAUCUAUCCCAUCGUCAGUACGGCCUCCGUCGUGGCCAAAGUCACCCGUGAUCUCAAUCUACAUUUCUACAACACCCAUUUGCCCCUUCUACACAACCACGCUCUAGGUUCGGGCUAUCCUUCCGACCCCCACACCAGCAAGUGGCUCCACGCCAACGUCGACCGUGUAUUCGGCUGGUGCUUUGGCCUCGUCCGCUUCUCGUGGCAGACGUCCAAGGACAGCUUGGAGAAGAAUAAUGCGGCUCCUGUCGUCUACGAGGCCCAAUGUAUCAAAGAGGACUCUGGAUAUCAUGAUGUAGGUGACUUCUUCCUGUCUUCCGACACUCCAGCCGCCAAUUCUGGCCUCAAUUCGUCUACACCACCCCUCAUAAUCGAUUCUCUGUACUACGGCUCGACAGACGUCCUGCUCUAG